AUGCCGACAGGAGCCUCGAAGCAAAAGCACUCCACAAGAGCCAGCUGCCGAACAUGGCUGCUGGCUUGCGGCACCUUUGCGAUCUUGGGUGUUCAGCAGAUCAAAAUGUUUGUUACGCUGCCGCAGACAUCCAGGCAGUCUGAGCCAAUGGACUCCCGACGCCGUGCCCUAAUUCUGGGAGGAAUGUCUUUCGCAGCCUUUGAGGAUCAGGCCCAUGCAGCAAGCUCUGCAGCUGCCAAGAUAAAGGAGUGCCAGGCGGAGGCCAACAAGAUUGUUGGCGGUCUCGAGUCGACAGCAAAGAAUGCGCUGGCCAUGACACCGGGGCAGCCCGGGUUGCUGAACAGCAAGCUCGUGGCCCACCCAAACUGGGCAGCUUUGAGCCGUGCUCGACGUCCGCGCUUCGUGCUGCUGCAGACAGCCUGGCUGCAUCACCCCCAGCUGGCCUCACCCGAUAUGAACUCCAGCGCUUGCAGGAUGCUCCAAAGCGGAUCGUGGAGGCCCGCACGGCAAUUGUCGAAGCAAACGCCAACAAACAG